CUGGCCCGAACUGAAGGACGCGUUAAUAAUACACUUUAUAUUCACACUUCUUUGGGCUCUUUUCAAUACCGAGUGACAGCUAUUGGUGUCUCCAAUCCAUACCGAUUGCGGCCAUUCAUCGGCGCUAAAGUGCCCAUUAAUUCUUCGUACGCACCGCUCAUUCAUAUCUAUAAUCCCCACACUUCGACACUACAGUUGACAGAAAUGUAUACAACAGGGGGUGGACUGCAUCUGGAGUUACCGAACGGAGAGCCCGAAGGACUGAAGAAUUUGUGGCAAAUCGCGCCGUUCGAGACCAAGACUAUAAUGAGAGCCAACUUUCUGGCUCGCAGUGAGCGAAACCAUACCUCUUAUAUCAGGAUUAAAACCAAUAGCAGUGACGAACACUUUGUUAUAUUACCGGUUGAGGUG